UUAGUUAAUGAUGUUGUUUGCCACGGGAAAUCUUAAGCUGCCGAGUCGUCCACAAGUGGGUCCAGGUUGUGUUCAUCGGGUGACCUAGGUCAGGAAGGUCUCCCCGCUCCGAGGUGGGGGUGGGGCCGGGGUGGGGGAGGGCGUCCUUAUCUCGCAGCUUCUCCCUUCCCACGGGUCGGGCGCAUAAAAGCGCUUGGGGACGCGGCCCCGCAGUGUGCCAUGUCGCCGCUGUGCCCCGUGCUGCUGGCCCUGGCCCUGGCGGCCGUCCCCGGCGUCCGGGCGGCCUGCCCCGCGCCCGCGGACCUCAAGAGGCCGGACGGGACGCGCACGUGCGCCAAGCUCUACGACAAGAGCGACCCCUACUACGAGAACUGCUGCGGCGGCGCCGAGCUGUCGCUGGAGCCCGACACCGACCUGCCCUUCCUGCCCUCCAACUGGGCCAACGUCGCCUCGUCGCUCGUGGUGGCCCCGCGCUGCGAGAUCACCGUGUGGUCCCUACGCGGCAAGGCGGGCAAGACGCACAAGUUCUCCACCGGCGCCUACCCGCGCCUCGAGGAGUUCCGCAAGGGCAUCUUCGGCGACUGGUCCAACACCAUCGCGUCCCUCUACUGCAGAUGUUACUGAUGUGUUAGAGACACUUCAUCUCCAACCCCCAGAGAGUGCAGAGCCCCUCACCUGACCUUGUCCUGGGGUCUGCUGAAGACCCCAAGUCCCAGGAGGAAAGAACUUCCUGCCUGCUCCCCACCCUGCCUUUCCCACAAUAUAGCCCUUGUGAAUGUAUCCCUGCCUGCCAUCUACUCGUGCUUGGGACCCAGGUCCACACCGGACAGGGGUGGGAUGGGGGAGAGAGCAGGGUGGUCAGGCCUGCAUCAGCUCAUACCUGGGAUAAUGCUGUAGGUGGGGACCUUCUCAUAGGUCCUGCCAUGGUUUAGGUGCACGCGAAGACACACAUCCAUAGGGCACGUGUGACAUGUAUAGAUACCAUCGGCUGAUUGUUAAACAUUAAAAUGCUUCCUGCAUUUUUUGCCUUUCCCCGAAUGCCCCCAGCUGUUCUGGCUUGCCAGGGACCUCCAGACUCCCUCGGGAUUCAUGCAUGCAACAGUGAGAGGCCUUCAAGGACCCUACCCCAAGCUAAGACCAGGGUCUCUUGCUUGAUCUGGCCAGAGCCUGGGACUAGGGGUUGUUAAAGACUUUCAAUUCCUCUUUCAUCAACACAUGAAAGAAAUUUUUUAGCUCAAAUCUACAAUCUGAUGGACAUUGAUGGAUACCUUCAUGGCUCUGGGGACUCCGGAGGAACGAGGGAGGAGAAAUGAAGGUCUUAUGGAGGGGAGAGGUUGGGGGUCAGCUCUAGGGAGGGUGAAAAUUUGGGGUUGGAGAGGGAAGGGGCACGUGAGGAGCAUCUGAGAGGACAAGAUACCAAGAUAUGAGAGGAGAGGUAAGUGGAGAUGCCAAGAAGCUGUAAACUGGGAUAGGUGAAAAGAUCAGAGGUCGAGGGAGGUGCAAAAGGCACAGGGGUUGUGAGGUCCUG